CAUUACAAAAUUGUUUUAGUUAAUGGUUUGGAGAAAAUGAAAAUAUCCGACGGAGACCUAUCCUCUCCACCGCAAAAAUCGCAGCCAUAUCCAAACUACCGUAGCAACUAGCAAAUACCUGUCGCUAGCUUCUUAUCCUCAUCCGCGGUAGGAUUUUUUUUGGCCACGCCCCAGCCUCAGUCUUCUUCCCCGCGUGUGCAGCCGCUGUCUUCUUUCUCCCUGCGUGCUCCUCUCUAACCAGCCGUUCCUCUUCUCCCUCAGCUCGCGCCCUGAAGUUUCCCCUGCCGGCGUUCGGCUUCUGCUCGUCGGACCCCGUCCCGAGCUCGCCCCCAUGGCGUCCAGUGGAGUUUCUCCUCGCCGACGCUGCUCCUUCCUGCCCCAGCGCCUGCUGCGAGCUCGCCAGGAUGCCCCUGCUCGCGGCGCCCUCUGCUCAAGCUCGUCGUCCUGCGCCGUCAGUCGACCUUGCCGUGAAGCCCUGGCCGGUGCGGUGGUAGCGCCCAGCCCCCAGCGUUGGCCCCUCGCAUGGCGCUGCUCCCUGGCUUCUCUCUCUCCCUCCAUCUCUCUCUGCGUCGGCCUGCCUCAGCUCGGAUCUCCCUCCCCAGCCGAGGCCCUUCUUCCCUGGUCUCCCAUGGCCACCGUUCUUCAGUCGAGCUCCUCAGCGCCGAAGGCUCAGGUCCCUGCCGAGCUCGUCUCGAGCUCCCGCCCACCCUCUGCCCAGCCCCAGCGCCCAGCCCAUGUGUCUGGUGCUUCUACCUGCUCAGAUUUGGUGACCGUGUCCCCUGGUUCUUCAAGUUUGUCGCUGUCCCUGCUUGCCUCGGCACAGUUGGGUCCGACCACCACCCCCAUGUCGACGGUGCCCUCGAUUCGUCGGUGCCCAGGCGUGCAUCCUCUGCACCGGCUAUUCUCGCCCAAAUUCACCCCUGCACUUGGUCCUCGUCGAGGAUACGUCGCCCUCCACUCGGUUCAUGGCGCUCGGCCUCCAGCUCGCGAAGCUUCCCUGGUGGCCGCUUCCUCGUCGUUUUCUAUAGUCGCGCCCGGCCGAGGUUCCUCCCUGCGUGCGCAAGCUCUGUUGCGAGCGCCGAUCCGUACCCACAAAGCCUCGUCGGUGCUCAAUUGGCUCGAACCCUCUGCUCGGACCUUUCUUCCGUGGCGCUCAGCUCGGCCAGAUGCGACCUCGCCUUGGCUCUCUGUCCCUACUGCGCUCGCCAGUCGGACUCCUGGCCAUCGUCAACGAAUCUCGCGAUCACAGCUCUCUGUUGCUCAACCGGCGACUCGCUACUCGUCUUGCUCCAGCCUCCAGGUACGUUAAUUAAUCGCGCGAUGCGGAAGACAAGCCAAGUCGACCCCAAGCACGGACUAAUCCACAGGAUGAAGCUGAUGAACGAACCUGCCUAAUCAAGUGCUAGGACAUGAAUAAUCGUCAAGUGGACGUCAUCUAACAACACUAACCUAGUGUUACUCAGGCAAGCCCCGGUGCAUUUACCACCCCUCCUUGUGUUUUAAAAAUCUUUAUCACUUGCUUGAUGCAUUAGGUGAUAGGAGUUGAUUGCUAAAACAAUUCCUGCAUUACCUUCCUUGGAUUUAAUUACCUUCCUUGAAAUCCCUGUUUUACAAAAGAUUUUUGAUGCUUAGCCUUGCUUUAGAAAAAUAAAAUGUUUUGUUUUUACAAAAUAUGAUGUGGCAAAAGUGGGUGGGAUGUUUUCAAAAAUAAAACUUGAUGGUGAAUCCAUCACGGCCGUGAUGGAUUCGACAUCAGAAAAGAUGUACCUCUGCUAGGUACCAACCUUUGGGGUUAGAUGAUUAAGCUGAGACCGGACGGGUGACUUGCACGAGAAAGAGAGUCUCGGUGUAGUGUCUCCAUCUGAGUCGAUUAAGGACCUUGUCGAUGUAGGCUUGAUGAUCGAGGACCCUUUAACUGGUCACAUGCCUCGUCAUGGGUAAGCCUUGCCUCGGGCAGACUAAGGCCAGAAUAAGAUAACACGAAAUGGGCGUGGAGCGGUGGCGAGAGUAGCGUGUACCCUCCGUGGCAAGAGGCUGGACGGUGGUGUAUCUGUGCUCUCGGUUUGCGUGAACCUGAUCUGGUCUUAAGAAACUCGGUGGCGGGUUGACAUAUGCAAGGGUUAAGUGCUACAUAUGUCGUGUGAUUGGAGAUCCUCAGCUGAGUAUAAUCGAUUCGGAUCGCCGUACCUUCGCGGUUAUGAAGACUUGGUCACUGCCCUACACAGAGCAAUCCAGUGAAGAUGAAGGAUAAAUUAAGAACUUGGCUAGUUCAGGAUAAGUGUUUGAACUAGGUUAGAGAGAACUCUAGAGAUAAGUAAGUUUACUUAACCUGACAAUAAAAUUGGAUUUUAAGGAUCCACUCCUAGUAAGCUUUUGUGCAAAACAGAGUCUUUGAUUCUUGAUAAGCCAUACCUUGAAUCCCUCUAGCCAGCAUACCCUUGAGAGUCUUUUCCUUAGUCGGGUAAGUCUUGCUGAGUAAUUCCGUACUCAGGGUUUUAUUCCCUGUUGUUUUUCAGGUCCUAACUUUGUGAUGCUGUUGAUGGUGUUAAGUGCCGGUGGGCUCGGCCUUCUUAUAAGUCUAAGUACUCCUUCUAUACUUCUUAUUGAGGAUGGUCAUUUGAGCUAGCAUAUAUUUCAAACUUAUACUUUUGUAAUCACUCCGAUAAAAUAAUAUAAAAUUUUUGUAACUUGUAAAAUUUGGUAAUAGUAUUUCCGCUG